GUGAUGCUGCUGCUUCUGCCGCCUCGACUGCUGAUACUCUAGUGAGGCUGGAAGGGUGGUUCCUAUUCGCACCGUCGCCAACCAGAGAGUGAAGGAAAAAAAUCCCAGCAGCCGCUGCUGAUGUUCGGUUCGGAGGCUGCAUCUGACUCGGUCACAAGGAAAAUGGAUUCAGUUUGCAUCUCUCCCUCCUUUCAACAGCUUCUCCGCGUCUCAGCAUGGGCUUCUAGGACAGCGGCUGAGGAGACCUUCCCGAGGGGCAGCACGCAGUAGCUGCUGAGCCAUCGCACCCGGGAGAAGCAGCAGUAACAUGGCAGCCCCUGCUUGAGAGGAAUUAAACACCAACAGACUCCAUUCAGAGAGGAACAAUGUCCAAGAAAGGGCGAAAUAAGGGCGAGAAGCCCGAGGCGCUCAUUGUCGCCCUUCAAGCUGCCAACGAAGACCUCAGGACCAAGCUCACAGACAUCCAGAUAGAGCUACAUCAAGAGAAGUCCAAGGUAUCUAAACUCGAAAGAGAGAAAACUCAAGAAGCCAAGAGGAUCCGUGAGCUGGAGCAGCGCAAGCACACGGUCCUGGUGACCGAACUGAAAACCAAGCUCCACGAGGAGAAGAUGAAGGAGCUGCAGGCCGUGCGGGAGAAUCUCAUCAAGCAGCACGAGCAGGAAAUGGCCCGGACAGUGAAGGUGCGGGACGGGGAGAUCCAGAGGCUCAAGUCGGCGCUGUGUGCGCUCCGGGACGGCAGCAGCGACAAAGUAAGGACAGCGCUCACCAUCGAGGCCCGCGAGGAGGCCCGGAAACUGUUUGAUGCAGAGCGCCUUAAGCUCUUACAGGAAAUUGCGGACCUGAAAACGGCCAAGAAGCAGGUGGAUGAGGCGCUAAGCAAUAUGAUCCAAGCGGAUAAAAUCAAGGCUGGGGACCUCAGGAGUGAGCAUCAGUCCCACCAAGAAGCCAUCUCCAAGAUCAAGUGGGAGUCGGAGCGGGAUAUUCGGAGGCUGAUGGAUGAAAUCAAAGCCAAGGACAGGAUCAUCUUUUCCCUGGAAAAGGAACUGGAGACCCAAACAGGCUAUGUACAGAAACUCCAACUGCAGAAGGAGGCUUUGGAUGAACAGCUCUUUCUGGUCAAGGAGGCUGAAUGUAACAUGAGCAGUCCAAAACGAGAAAUUCCGGGAAGGGCAGGAGAUGGCUCUGAACACUGCAGCAGUCCUGAUUUACGAAGAAAUCAAAAGAGAAUAGCUGAGUUGAACGCCACUAUAAGAAAAUUAGAAGACAGGAAUACCUUGCUUGGAGAUGAACGAAAUGAAUUGUUAAAACGCGUGCGGGAAACCGAAAAACAAUGUAAACCUCUUCUGGAAAGGAACAAGUGCCUCGCCAAGAGAAACGAUGAACUGGUGGUGUCUUUGCAACGCAUGGAAGAGAAACUAAAAGCCGUUACCAAGGAAAAUUCAGAAAUGAGAGAAAAAAUUACAUCUCAUCCACCCUUGAAGAAAUUAAAAUCUCUGAAUGACCUCGAUCAAGCUAAUGAAGAACAAGAGACAGAGUUUCUAAAACUUCAGGUCAUUGAACAGCAGAACAUUAUUGAUGAGCUCACAAGGGACCGGGAAAAGCUCAUUCGUAGGAGAAAGCAUAGAAGAAGUUCCAAGCCAAUUAAGAGGCCUGUUUUGGACCCAUUUAUUGGCUACGAUGAGGACUCCAUGGAUUCAGAAACAUCAUCCAUGGCCUCAUUUAGAACAGACCGAACGCCAGCUACUCCUGAUGAUGACUUGGAUGAAAGUCUAGCAGCUGAAGAAUCUGAGCUACGAUUCCGACAAUUAACAAAAGAGUACCAGGCUCUCCAAAGAGCUUAUGCCCUCUUGCAGGAGCAGACUGGAGGCAUCAUUGAUGCUGAAAGAGAAGCCAAGGCUCAAGAGCAACUCCAGGCAGAGGUGCUAAGGUAUAAAGCCAAAAUUGAAGAUCUGGAAGCGACUCUGGCUCAGAAAGGGCAGGAUUCACACUGGGUAGAAGAUAAACAACUUUUCAUUAAGAGAAACCAGGAGCUUUUAGAAAAGAUAGAAAAACAAGAGGCAGAAAAUCACCGGCUCCAACAGGAACUGCAGGAUGCCAGAGACCAGAAUGAGCUGCUGGAGUUUCGAAAUCUAGAGCUAGAAGAAAGAGAGAGACGAUCCCCUCCAUUUAAUCUGCAAAUUCACCCAUUCUCAGAUGGUGUGAGUGCUCUACAGAUCUACUGUAUGAAAGAAGGUGUCAAGGAUGUGAACAUCCCUGAUCUCAUAAAGCAGCUUGAUAUCUUGGGUGAUAACGGGAAUUUAAGAAAUGAAGAGCAAGUGGCUAUAAUUCAGGCCAGCACUGUGCUGUCCCUGGCAGAAAAGUGGAUCCAGCAAAUUGAAGGAGCAGAGGCUGCCCUGCACCAGAAAAUGAUGGAAUUGGAAAGUGACAUGGAACAAUUCUGCAAAAUCAAAGGCUAUCUGGAAGAAGAACUAGACUACAGGAAACAAGCUCUCGACCAAGCAUAUAUGAGAAUCCAGGAACUAGAAGCGACUUUGUACAAUGCUCUGCAGCAAGAAACUGUUAUCAAGUUUGGUGAAUUAUUAACUGAAAAACAGCAAGAGGAGCUGAGGACAGCAGUGGAAAAGUUACGGCGGCAGAUGCUGAGGAAGAGCAGAGAGUACGACUGUCAGAUUCUACAGGAGAGAAUGGAGCUCUUACAGCAAGCCCAUCAGAGAAUUCGUGACUUAGAAGAUAAAACAGACAUCCAGAAAAGACAGAUAAAGGACUUAGAAGAAAAGAGUAACCGAAAACACGGAUAAGACCGCAGAAAAGCAGAUACUUCUAAACCUUCAAAGAUGGCAGAAAUGUUUACAGCAGUGAAAGGGAGAUCAAAAGCUUAGAACUAUAAUGUAGCCAGGACUACAACUGUGUAUUUUAAAGCCAUUAUUCAAGGUUUCUUACUUGACAGUUCCUACAUGACCCUGUUGAAAAUCUACAAUAUAUGCUGCAUUUAAUGAAACAUGUAUAGGUCAAACCAGAAGGAAAGAACUAUAAACAUAGAUUGCGAGAAGAAAACAAUUCAGCAAUGGAAACAGUUUCAGCAGAUCAAGCAAAGAUGUGUCUUGGGCAUGGAACCAAAGUUACAAAGAAACAUUCUACCUCUGCUGUGCAGGGGAUGUCAUUUUAAUGUAACACUACACCCCAUGGAAUCACUAGUCCUGAAAUAAACAUCAUUUUAAAAAAUCAAACAAAAAAAUAAGGGUGGGUGGGGAUUGAAGCACGAGGAAUACCCAUGAGGAGCUAUUUACAAUAAAAUAUUUCAUUUGAAAAGUC